AUAAUCAACAUUAUAAUAACUUAAAUAAACUUAUCAGUUUAAAUAAAAUGGCAUUUAAUGAAAAUUUAAAUGAAAAAUUUAUAGAAGAUUUCGAACAUGCACUUAAUAUUCAAGAAAAGAUAAAUGAUAAAAAAAUAGAAUCAAAAUUGAAAUCAGAAGUUGAGACUCAAACAGCGUCAAAAUCCUUAUUUGAAUCUUGCGAAUUACAUCUUCUCUAUCCGGAUGAUUCAUUAGAUGAUGAAUUUAUAUUAAAUUUAUUUAAAUAUUUUUUUAAAAUAUUUAAUACUCAUUACGAACCGGUAUAUGUAGUUAAUCUAUUAAGGCAAUAUUUUAAAGAUAAUAAUAAGAAUCCUUUAGACAUUUUCAAUCAAUUGAUUCAUCAUCGAAAUCAAAAUUAUUUUACAAGUAUGAUUGGUUAUUUUUAUCAAUUCGGAAUUGGUACUGAUUAA